ACGGCCUGGAGAACAAUGAGUGAUUCCAGCCUUGUGGCUGCUCAACGGUUAACUGAGGUGAUCGAAAUCAAUCACCAGUGGAAUGAGCAAUACUGCAGACUUGAAAGAGAUAGCAACCGAAUUAUUCAACAACUUGAUAUGAAAUUGAAGGACUCUGAACGUGAACUGCAGGCAGUAAAACAGCAACUAGCACAAGCAAACAGACUGACAGAUGAGAAUCGUGUGCCACAGGCACAACAUGAAGCUGUUAUUGGGAAACUGGAAUAUCUGCAGGCAAAUUAUCAGACUGCUUUGGAGACAAUUGACCAGUUGAGGUCGGACAAUAAAAGACUAAGUGAAGAAACAAGAUAUGACGAACGCAGAAGAACGGAAAGAGGGAGGGAUUCUGAGCAGGCAAGACUUCUACAACAUCAGCUUGGUGUGAUGAGACAAGAUCUUGCACAAGAACAAAGGGCCAAGGAAAGACUUGAAACGGAGCGUGGUAGACUACUAGAUGAGAAACACCAGCUGCAGGAUGAGAAUUUUGCCCUCAGACAGCAACUUGAGCAGUAUAACGCACACUACAGACGUGGCGGCCACUCCUGAGUAACAAUAGAUGGCAUGGCGCAAUGCUAUGGAAUGUGUGGGUGAUUCAAACAUGAAUAACGUGACUGUACAGUCUAUUGUAAGAACAGCCUAUGCCCACUGAGUCAUCAAUCUCCUACGAUUGUAAUGUCAGAUUGUGUAGUAAUUUAGUAAUUUAGUAAUCAUAUGUUUUCUCAUCGUUUUGUUAAAUACAAAUUGUAGAAAUUGUUUCAAA